AAAUUAUUUGUCUCCUGGAAUUUAUCGCAGGAGCCAACCAUGAUGCCAUACAUGUACAUAAGCCUCAUCACUCAGCCUCAUCGGCCUGGAUGCUGCUUUACCCGUCUCGGCCAUGCUGUGGGCCCGCCUCCAGGCUCUCUGCCGCUGACCUUAUUCACGCCUCUCCCAGCAGCCGCGAGACCUGUUCCCACCGUUUUCUUGCAUGUUCAGACGUCUCUGCGGGGAAUUGGCAGCCUGUUGUCACUAUUGGUCCGCUGUUGCUACUUCCAAUUACCAAGCCCAUCCGCAUCAUCUAUAUUCUCUCCGCCGCGUUGCAGGCAGAAAGGUCUUGGCCUUCUACGCGUGGAGAGUAAGAAUGGCGCCUCGGAGUGAAAAAAGCUCCUUGAAGCGUGGCAGAGCAAGUCUCGACAACCAAGCACAGGACUCGAAGAAACCGCGACGAUCAGAGCGUAUUUCCUCGCAGACCACGGCAACCACUGGAAAGACACCCAUCAAGAACACGUAUCUCCCAACGCCACUGACACACCAUGACUCCACUGCUACAGAUAUCCAAAAGGACCUAACAGCGACACCUGAUGUACGCCAUACGCCUCUAUCCGAGGAGCAAUUGCCCGCGUUCUCAUCCCCUCCCGGAGACACCCAGGCGCUUUCCCAAUUCGUCUAUCCUCCUCGUGCGUUCGCUGACGAUGUGGAAGAUGAGGCUGCCGAAGGUGUCUGGGGUUAUUUGAUUCCCCUAGAUGAUAAGUCCGGGGCCUCUCUUGCUCUCAAAAAAAGAAAUAACUGUGAGACGAGUCCGUGCAUUCAGUCAACUGAUACAAAGACGAAUACAUCGUCGAAAAUUUCCAAAUCUCAGUCAAAAUCACUAAAUAGUGGAGAGAACAAAGAUUCGCCGGAUUUACCUCCUAGCGGGUAUCUUAUCGGGCGUCAUCCAGAAUGCGACCUUGUUCUGAACAUCCCCACGAUAUCCAAUCGCCACUGCUUAAUUUUCAAUGAAAUUAGGAAUGGGGAUGUCGUCGCUGUACUUGAGGACCUCUCUAGUAAUGGGACCUUUGUCAACGAAGCUAUUCUAGGCCGCAAUAAGCACCGAGAGCUCGAGGACGGCGAUGAAGUUACCAUUAUUGACGAGGCUAGAUUUGUCUUUCGGUAUCCUCGAACGAGAGAUACCAAUGGCUUUCGGCAGCAGUACCGAAUUCUGCAGCAACUCGGAAAAGGCCAUUUUGCGACUGUUUAUCUCUGCGUAGAACGAGCUACCGGUACAAAAUAUGCCGUGAAAGUUUUUGAAAGACGUCAGAGCGAGUCUCAAAAAUCCCAAUCGGACACCCUUCAGCAGGAAAUUGCUCUUUUGAUGAGUGUCAAUCACCCUAAUGUCUUGUGUCUCAAAGAUACGUUUGAUGAACGUGACGGAGCGUAUUUAGUCCUUGAGCUUGCCCCUGAUGGGGAACUCUUUAAUUACAUCGUCGCUAACUCGAAGCUAUCUGAGAAUGACACUCGGAAGGUAUUCAUUCAGUUGUUCCAAGGGCUAAAGUACCUCCAUGAUCGGGGGAUUGUACAUCGUGACAUCAAGCCUGAAAAUAUUCUUUUGGCGGAUAAGAACUUAACUGUAAAGUUGGCUGACUUUGGUCUGGCUAAAAUUAUUGGUGAAGAUUCGUUCACUACUACAUUGUGUGGAACCCCGAGCUAUGUUGCACCGGAGAUUCUAGAAGAAUCCCGGCAUCGGCGCUACACAAAGGCUGUGGAUAUCUGGUCCCUGGGCGUCGUUCUCUACAUCUGUCUCUGCGGAUUUCCACCAUUUUCCGACGAGCUUUAUACACCGGAAUACCCAUACAACCUCGCUCAACAGAUUAGGAUGGCUCGUUUUGAUUACCCUUCGCCAUAUUGGGACUCAGUUGGCGAUGUUGCCCUGGACCUUAUCGAUAGAAUGCUUACAGUCAAUGUGGAACACCGAAUUACGGUUGACGAGUGUUUGGAACAUCCCUGGAUCACAGGCAACGGUCCAAGCAUUACCGAUAGCACGGAUGGCUUGACUGGUGCAAUGAAUAACCUGGACUUCUCCAAACGCAAGGUCGAACGGGAACGCACAUUGCUCAGCACAAUCAAUGAUGUUCAACUCAGCACGAUUGUCCAGGAUGACGAUUCGCAGGUGAAAAUUUUCCGGAAAAAUGCGGCCGGAAAACGCGUUCAUAACCAUGCUGGUCAGAAAAAGGGACACCAUGAGCCUUCUCCGUCCGCUAACCGUCCUCCGACUGACUUCAUCAACAUGGGCGGUCGCGGAGAUCCCGUUUUGUUCGAGGAGGACCCAGAUAGUCGAUAUCCACGUGACAAGCGGUAAAAUAUACAUAUUCGGAUUGUCUGUUAGUUUGUAGGACUGGUGCGUGUUUAUCGGGCGUCUCUCUUGGUGCUUGAACAUAGUGGAGCAAGGGAUUACUGCUGUAUAUAUAUUGACAUCUUGGCGGAUGCAUGAAGUCAGGAUUAUAAUACAGGCCUCGUCUAGUACAUGUAUUUUAUUUGGGAGGGCGUUCAGGGAAACUCGAGGUGUGUUCGCUGGAAAAGUUGGCGUGUCAAUACGGUCAUGUUUUGACCUCGUUGUCAUGCGAUGACUAUCAAUUAGUUUACUAGAUAUCAUUGAAGGAUAAAAUACUACUUUAUGGGAAACCGUGGAAAUAAUUCAAAGCAGUUUUCUAUUUACAGAAA